AGGUGGUGUAUUUUCGGCAACACGACACUCACAAUACUCCAAUUUCUUCCUCCUUCCUUGAGAAGAGGCAUCCAUCUCGGGAUAAAUAUACAAUCGUCGCUUGCUUUACUCGUCAGAACGGAACCGUCUCAUCGAUGUCGUAGAUGAGGACCCUUCAACAUUUCCCUUGGAUGAAUGAGUGGUUCAUGGAAGAUGAUCACAAUCACUGAGUCGAUGGACAUGGCUCCGAGUGCGAUGUUACCUCUCGUCUCUUUGGGAGUUUGUCCGCUUGCGCUAGGUUGUCUCGACUUGCUCGGUAUCCCAGAGCAGCUGUGGAACCCGACUUGCACCGUCGCAGAUGAUUCGCGCAUCGAUCAGAGCGUUCCAGAAUCGCUUAACAACGACAUCGACACGGCUUCAUCGUCGCGCGACCACAAUCAAGUCAUUCCUCGAGAGCUCACUGUCAGCAUUUCAAAACCCAAUCAUGUCGUCCCAACCUUUCUCCAACCAGACUAUGCCCAGUGCCCACCCUUUGAGCAGGGUCCAUCCGGUGAAGAGGAAUCGCAGACUUAUCAAAUUGAUCCACCUCCAGAGAUUCCUUCCAGCGUUGCCCCGAAGAGGCUCUGGAGACCAACCCAAUUUCCGAAACGGACCCUCCGACCGAGCAGCACGAGAUCGUUACCAUCACCACGUUUCCUAAGAUCCUUGCACGCCCUAUCAUGAGGGUCGAGUCUUAUGGUGGACUCAACGAUACCAGAAGCAUGACUCGCCUCGCCAAUGGAGCUUCAGAGUCCAUCACUCCUGGGAAGAGGCGACAACCACCGCAUCAUCACGGAGAUGCCGAUUCGGAAACGAGCGACAUGAGUCCACAGCUUACGAUACGGAAUCUACCCUUUCCAUCUAGGUCCCGCCGCAA